CCAUUUUCCGCUCCUUUCUCGUGUUUCUCAUAUUUCUUCUCUCCGAUUCAUCGUUAUCCUUGCCACUGAACUCGUUAAUCGACUUUUUCGAUUUCGCAAAACCCUUCAACGAUGGCCGCGGAAACUCUUCCCUACCAGAACGGCGGCGUCGUUGCCAACUCCAACGGCUCCAACUCCACGACAAAAAAAUCGCGGGAGAGCGAGCGCCGUCGCCGUCGCCGGAAGCAGAAGAAGAACAACAAAGCAUCUGAGGCGUUGAGGCCUAACUUUGCCGAAGAUAGUGACGAUUCGAAAGAAAACACUGAUUCAAAUCAGGUUGUUGAACAAGUUGAAAUUGAGUACGUACCAGAGAAGGCUGAGUUAAUUGAAGGCAUGGAUGAAGAGUUUAGAAAGAUCUUUGAGAAAUUUAGUUUCGCUGAUGCUACUGCUUUGGAGGAUACUGAUAAGAAAGAUGGUUCGGAAGAAAAUGCCGCCACUAAUAAGAAGGCCGAUUCUGAUUCUGAAGAAGAAGAAAAUGAUAACGAGCAAAAAGAGAAAGGCAUCUCUAACAAGAAGAAAAAGCUUCAACGAAGGAUGAAAAUUGCUGAACUAAAACAAAUUUGCUCAAGGCCAGAUGUUGUAGAGGUGUGGGAUGCUACUGCAUCGGACCCAAAGUUACUGGUAUUCUUGAAGUCUUAUCGGAACACUGUACCUGUACCCAGACAUUGGUGUCAGAAGAGAAAAUUUUUACAGGGUAAACGAGGUAUAGAGAAACCACCAUUUCAGCUUCCCGAUUUCAUAGCUGCCACUGGAAUUGAGAAAAUUAGACAGGCUUAUAUCGAGAAAGAGGAUAGUAAGAAGCUGAAACAAAAGCAAAGGGAGCGCAUGCAACCAAAAAUGGGGAAAAUGGAUAUAGAUUAUCAGGUUCUUCAUGACGCAUUCUUUAAAUACCAAACAAAGCCUAAACUGACAUCUCUCGGAGACCUUUAUCAUGAAGGAAAAGAAUUUGAGGUGAAAUUGAGAGAGAUGAAACCUGGCAUGUUAUCUCAUGAAUUGAAAGAAGCUCUUGGCAUGCCUGAGGGCGCCCCUCCUCCUUGGCUUAUAAAUAUGCAGAGAUAUGGGCCUCCACCAUCAUACCCUCAUCUGAAGAUUCCUGGACUGAAUGCUCCUAUCCCCCCUGGAGCUAGCUUUGGUUAUCAUCCUGGUGGAUGGGGCAAGCCUCCUGUUGAUGAAUAUGGACGUCCACUGUAUGGAGAUGUUUUUGGUGUUCAACAGCAAGAACUACCUAACUAUGAGGAAGAGCCAGUUGAUAAGACCAAACAUUGGGGAGACUUGGAGGAGGAAGAGGAAGAAGAAGAGGAGGAGGAGGAGGAAGAAGAAGAAGAAAUGGAGGAGGAGGAACUUGAAGAUGGUAUUCAGUCAGUUGAUAGUUUAUCAAGCACUCCCACGGGAGUGGAAACACCUGAUGUUAUUGACCUCCGGAAGCAACAGAGGAAGGAGCCUGAGAGGCCCCUUUAUCAAGUACUUGAAGAGAAGGAGGAAAAAAUUGCUCCUGGAACUUUGCUUGGAACCACACACACUUAUGUGGUUGGCACAGGCGCACAGGACAAGUCAGGUGCUAAAAGGGUUGAUUUGCUUAGAGGUCAGAAAUCAGAUAAAGUGGAUGUCACUUUACAGCCUGAAGAGUUGGAAGCAAUGGAAAAUGUUUUGCCUGCGAAGUACGAAGAAGCAAGGGAAGAGGAGAAGUUACGUAGUCAGCGUGAAGAUUUCAGUGAUAUGGUUGCAGAGAACGAGAAGAAGAGAAAGAGAAAGAUGCAAGAAAAGGAGGGCAAGUCAAAGAAGAAGGACUUUAAGUUUUAGGGUGCGCCUUGUUUUUGUUUCUUUUGCAGGAAAAUGGGGCUGUGCUACCCUUUUCUACUGGGGCAGUUCUCACAUUCCAUGAGCUGAGAAUAUGUUAGCAGCGGUUUAACGCGACUCUGUAUUAUUGUCUGGAAGUAAAAUGUUAGUGUUUUGGAUGGGAAGAAUAUAUAUGUACGAAUAUAUAAUAGAAUCAAAACUCGGUAGUCAAGCUUUAAUUGAGAAGUCAAUACCAUGAAUCUCUCGAAAGCUUUACAAUA